AAAUGACCAGCUGUCCGGUCCAAAACUCUUAUAUAGAAAUUCCAUGACUUCAACUGACUCAGUCCAGUGCAAGCGACUGACCAAAAAUAAGCAACUAAGUGAUGAAUCAUUUCGGUAAUAUCGUGCUGUUGUUGUCAUUGACAACCUGUUUGACAUCUGCAAGGACAUUGCAAGACGUCAUUGCUCAGGUAAUCUCCGAGACAGACGUUGACGGAAAUGGUAUCAUUUCAGAAGCUGAAUUUAACCAGGAGUUACUUGCCAGAUGGGACACAGAUGUUCCUUCUGACAACAUGGUUUCAAAAGCGGACUUUGUAAGCCAAUGGACCACGCGGUAUGGUGAUAAUGUGGCAGAUGCUUCCGCGUUCUUUGACAAACUGGACCAAUUCUUCUUACCCGCAGGCACUUUGAACGAUCUGGAUUUAUUCUUUCACAUGGCCACACUCGAUCCCGAUGGUGACCAUCAAGUUUCAACUGCUGAUUUUGCAAACUUCAUUAAAGUGAAUCACCCUUGUGGAGGAGCUGGACAUUUGCAUUGUUAAUUACUUGUUAAUAAAAGUUAUAAAAAAUAUAA